CCCCCCAGGGUACUAUUUCCGGGCGGGCACGGGGGGCGGCAAGAACAUGUGGCACAUCUACCUGCCGGGCGGCGCGUGGUGUGGCUCUGCCGCCCAGUGCGUGGCCAGGAGCAAGACGCUUUUCGGGACCAGCACGCUGUAUCCUGCCGACCCUGAACCCGGCGCGGCCCUCCGUCCCCCUUUCAACGGCAUGCUCAGCAGCAACAGCAGCAUCAACCCGCCCUUCUACAACUGGAACCUCGUCCGCCUCCUCUAUUGUGACGGCGGGGGCUAUGCGGGCACAGCGGGAAGGGUGGAUGUUGGUAACGGCACGGUGCUUUACCUGGAUGGGUGGAAGAUUGUUCAAGCUGUGAUAGAGGAUCUGAAAUCCAAGCGGGGAAUCAAAUCUGCAGCGCAGAUUCUCCUGUCGGGCAGCUCAGCGGGCGGCCAAGCAGUCGUGGCUCUCUGCGAUCGCAUCGCUGCCGCCUUCCCCUGGGCGGCAACCAAAUGCAUCUCCGACUCGGGCUUCUUUAUUGACUCCAAGGAUAGAGUGGGUGGGUACACGUGGCGCACCGCUGUGAAGAGCAUUGUAGCUCUGCACAAGCCCAGCUGGCCGGCUUGCCAGGAUGAGGCUGCUGCUGUCCCUUACUGUCCCUUACUGUCCAGAGGCUGCUGCUGUCCCUUACUGUCCCUUACUGUCCAGAGGCUGCUGCUGUCCCUUACUGUCCCUUACUGUCCAGAGGCUGCUGCUGUCCCUUACUGUCCCUUACUGUCCAGAGGCUGCUGCUGUCCCUUACUGUCCCUUACUGUCCAGAGGCUGCUGCUGUCCCUUACUGUCCCUUACUGUCCAGAGGCUGCUGCUGUCCCUUACUGUCCCUUACUGUCCAGAGGCUGCUGCUGUCCCUUACUGUCCCUUACUGUCCAGAGGCUGCUGCUGUCCCUUACUGUCCCUUACUGUCCAGAGGCUGCUGCUGUCCCUUACUGUCCCUUACUGUCCAGAGGCUGCUGCUGUCCCUUACUGUCCCUUACUGUCCAGAGGCUGCUGCUGUCCCUUACUGUCCCUUACUGUCCAGAGGCUGCUGCUGUCCCUUACUAUCCAGAGGCUGCUGCUGUCCCUUACUAUCCAGAGGCCUCUCUAUGCAUUGCCCAAUCCCGUCCUCCCUCUCUCUCAACCCUCCCCUCUUCUUCAUCCCCGCCAGGCUUACCAGAGGCCGACCAAUGGAAAUCGGCGGGCUGUUACCGUGGAACAGUACUUAUGCAUGGGCGUGCUUAG